GGAGCGCGGCCCCGGCCACUCAGUCCACGUCCAGUGAGCCUCGCGGACCAUGGAGCCCGUGCCGCUGCAGGACUUUGUCUGCGCCCUGGAUCCCGCCACUCUCCCGCGAGUGCUGCGGGUGUGCUCGGGCGUCUACUUCCAGGGCUCCAUCUACGAGAUCUCCGGGAAUGAGUGCUGCCUCUCCACGGGGGACCUGAUGAAGGUCACCCAGCUCCGCCUCCAGAAGGUCAUCUGUGAGAACCCGGGGUCAGGUCAGACCAUAGAGCUGGACCCCAACUUCAAGGGCCACUUCAGCCCCCUCACCGGCCCCCAGAGCUAUGGAACCCUGGAGGAACUUGUCUCUGCUGUAGUCCAGAGCUCCAAGCAGCUGCCCAUCUGGUUCAUGUCCACCUGCAAAAUUGACACACGGAUCAGGGUGGUGCCUGAGGAGCAGCCCCUCAUGCUCGAGGCGGUGGAAAUGUACCUCGGGACCUGCUCCGCUCGCUGUGUGCUGAGCAUGGGGACCCAGGUGGUGGUCCUGCACCUGCCCCUGUCCAUGAAGGGGCCCUUCUGGGAACUGCAGACGGGUGCCCCUCGGACCCUGCUGCAGGCCCUGCAGGACCCAGCCCUGAAGGGCCUCCUCCUCACCUGCCCCACCCUCCCCUGGCGUGCCUUGAUCCUGAAGCCGCACUAUGAGAUCCAAGCCAUCAUGCAGAUGCGCAGGACCAUCGUCAGCAUCCCUUCUACCCUGGAGGUCGACGUGGAGGAUGUCACCGCCUCCUCUGAACACAUCCACUUCAUCCAACCGCUGCUGCUGAGCGAGGUCCUGGCGCGGGGAGGCCCCUUCCCCUUGAACACACAGAUUCUGGAAGUCCCGGAGGGGCCGCCCAUCUUCCUCAGCCCAUGGGUGGGUUCGUUGCGGAAAGGCCAGGGGCUCUGCAUCCAUGGCUUGGCUUCGCCAUCCUGGCGGGUCCUGGCCUCAACCAAGGGCCGGAAGGUGCCCAGAUACUUCAUGAUCUCUGGAGCCUACCACGGGAAACUGCGGCGACGGCCAAGGGAGUUCACCACGGCCUAUGACCUUCUAGGUGCCCUGCAGCCCGGCCGGCCACUGCGGGUGGUGGCCAUGAAGGACUGUGAGGGUGAUGAGGAGGAGAUCCCUGGGUUCAUUUCCCUGGCUAUGGGAGACAGGCUGGAGGUGCUGGGGUCUGGUCAGGCCCAUGGGUCUCACGGCGGGGACAUGGACAUCUUGAUGUGUCAUCGGCUCAGUGACCAGGCUGGGGAGGAGGAGUGCGAAGAGGAGGCAGAGGACCAAGAACAGAUUGUGCUACCUCUCUACUUCUCUGGCAGCUUCGUGGAGGAGAUGAGUGACACCCGGCGAUAUAAGCUGGAAGAUCUGACUGCCCAGUUCUCACUGCCCUGUGAGGUCAAGGUGGUGACCAAGGACAGCAGCCACCCUGCUGACCCUCUGCCCCUCUUCCCCGGCCUGCGGCUCGAGGAGAAGAUCACGGAACCCUUCUUAGUGGUCAGCCUGGACUCCGAGCCUGGGAUGCACUUCGAGAUCCCUCCCCGGUGGCUGGACCUGACUGUUGUGGAGGAGGAGCAUCCCGGCCGGCCAGCUGGGUCUCUCCCUGCAGCCACAGUGGAGGAGCUGACAGAUGCCUUCUACUACCACCUUCGGAAGUUACCGGCCUCAGAGAGCCUAGGCCCCCCACCCAGGCCCCCAAAGCGUCAGAACCUCAGCGAGCAGAAGAAACAGAGCGGCCUGGAGGGAAACAUCAAGUCUUCUCUUGUCUCAGAACUACAGCAACGCCCUCUAUUGCCCAAACUCAAGAUGACGACGUUGGCAAAGGCCACAGAAGAUAGAUCAAAUACCUACACCAAGAUUCCUCCCCGUAAAGGCCUCAAGCCCACUAAGUGCAGCACACUGGAUCCAGAUGGCGAUGAACAUGACUAUGAAGAAGUAGUUGAGCACUUUCAGAAAACCCUCUAGAUGCUGGAGGAACCACGCAUCCUAACUGCUCUUAGGGAGUCUGGGACACCAGCCAACUCUGACAAGCCUUUAGAAGACCUUGGACAGUCCCACAGAAACCAGACUGCGGACAGGGAAUGAAUGGCUUUGUGGGACUAUCUAAAACAGGAAGGACACUGCACCGGCUUCUCUCAGGUUCCUGCCACUGGGGCUUCCUUGGGCGGAGCCCCUACACUGGACGUCCUCCGACUCAGAGCUUUGGUAUCCAGAAGAGCCAGCUGGUUUCUACUCAACCCUGCGACCCCAACACCAGCUAUCCUAUUGGUCGGUACGAAAGGAAUCAAAGUCACCAACCCUGGUGAUAGCAGCAGUGACUCCUGCCUCUUGGUAAAGGGGGACUCAAUCCUGAUCACCCUGAACUGACUUUUUUUUUUGUUUGCCACCCCUACCCUCCUUCCCACCCCACCCUCUGCCCCCAAGCUAAGUAAAGCUUUAAUCUUCUGACAGACCAGGACUUUCUCAUCUCUGCAGCACCUAGCACAGCAGUUGCAGCUGACUACCUAAGAUUAUUUCACUCAAAAACUAAACUAAAAAUGAUACCUGAGCUUCUGGAAAAAUGCAAAAUUCAUUUAUUUUGUGUGCCAGACCCUUUACCAUCCUAUUUAUAGCCUCAACUUUCUGAGGCAGACAAUAGCCUGAUUUCAAAAACCAGGAAACAAGCUUGAGUGAUCAGGUUUCAGGAGGCAGACCAGUCACGAACCUGCGUUAGGAUCCCUGCCCACCACCUGUCAGCUGUGACUAUGAGCGAGUUAUUUUAACCUAAGAUAUAAUUUCUUCACGUGUAAAAUGAAACUAAGUCAUCUGCCUCACAAGACUGCUUCAAGAAUCAAAUCAGGUGACCUUUGUAAAUCACUUAACACAAUGCCUGGUACACGUAUCAUUAUUACUGACCAAGAUCAGACCUCUGCUCCUAGUGUCCACAAUGUCUCCUAGUCAUGGUACUGUCUCUGUUUGACUCAGCUUCCAGGGCUGUUUUAGGCCUGUUCGGUCAGGGAAGUGAGACCACAGGACUCAUUUCCUGAAGUGGAAGGACUAUAGUUUCCUAGAACUGACCAUCAUGGUCAGCAGAGGACAGGAGACAGACACAAAGUUGAUCUGAGUCUCCAGCUCAGGUGAGAGACGAAAGAAGGUCAAAUUUCCAACCCCUGGACUCUAGGGGUCCCCCAGGAUCUGUCAUCUUUUUGCCUCCCAUCCCUCUGGCCUGUCCACACCCACUGGACUUUCCAGGCCUCCUGGUCUCUGUAUCACUGUAUGGAGUUUCCCAUGGUUGAAAUAUUUAGCACUCCAUCCUCAUCUUCCCUAAAAUUCUCGAGCCCUCCUCUAGGAAGGCAAGCUAAACUGCACAGGAGGAUCCCGAGGAAGAGACUAUUCUGGGACAACCAGUAAGCAACAAAGUGAGAAAGUUCCUCCCUGGCACAGAACCCAAGGGGCCAAGCCCACAUGCAAAAAAACAACCAUAGUUUUCACUUCACAUUUAAUUUUGGCAUCAAAUUGAGGAAGAUCACCAAAAGGAUGCAGAGAAGAGGGCUGAUAGUUCUACAAAGGAACUAAUGAGUGGCCAAAUGAGAAAGGAAGAAACUUUACAAGGAAAACUGGACUUAAAAGGAAAAUGUGUGAAAAUCUCAACUGCACGUGUGCGCUCAAGAGCAGUGAGGGUCAGCAGGGUGGACCCAAGGCAGAUGCUACCUGCAGGGUGCUUUUGUCUUCUUUACCUCGGGAAUAAGCCACUGGGCGUGGGAGGUGUUCUGAUGGGGACUGAGAUUCCCUUUGAGCAGUGGUCCAAAGUGAGCACACGCCUGGGAGUACAUGAGAUGGUCUACUGGAACAUCUGAGUUAUUAGUACAUCCCUUCAUAUUUUUAAUAUUCUUUUUCACUUAUAUUUUUGAAUGUUUUAUAAUAUAUAACAUACUAAUAUAAUAAAAUGAAUAUAAAUUAGAGGCAUAUGCUCAAAAAAAUUUA